GGGAGUGAGAGGGGCUGAAGGAACCGUCAAAAUGACUGUUUUAGGUUUGAGUGAGAGAUUGAGAGGGGAUUAGUUUUGCAUGCUCUACGGAUGGAUGAGCAAUUUAUUGACUAGAUAUGAAUAUUAAAUCUAUAAUAUUAUUUUGAUAAUCAUGUCAUUUAUAGUAUUUAUUUGAUCAUCACGAGAGGUAUAAUAUUCAUAUCUAGCAUGUAUGAUAUUAUAAUUUUAAUUAAUUUGUUUAUUGCUUUCAAAAAAAAAUAUAUUAACAUCGGUAUAAUGGUCUAAGUUAUUUCACAUGCAUAGUUGAGGUUAUGAGUUAUUAAUGAACAUAAUGCUAUUAGUAUAAACUUUUGUAUACUGAUCUAAGGUAUUUUACCUGCAUAGUAGAGAUCACGAUUCAUAAGUUUAAAAAAAUUAAAAUCAAGCAAUCUCACCCAUCUUACAAAAAAACUCAAAUCCGUUUUUUCUCUUUGGUUUUUUGGUCCAGUUUUGAACUUUCUCUUAUUAGAGAUUUGAGGAUUUGUAUCCUUAUUUUAGUUAAUUACUAUCAUUUAUGGUGGUAUUGUACUUGAAGGUGACCAUAAUUACGAUGGACGCAUAUGCCUCAAUUUAUCGGUCUAUUGGCUUUCUUGCCAUUUGCUCACAUUUGUUGGUAUUAAUUUACUUUUGCUUAUUAUUGAAGUUUAUAAUGAACUUUGUCCUUAGUUUUUUGUUGAAUGAAAACUUAAAUCUUUCCUAAAAAAAUAGUUAUAAUCUCUUUUUUUUUUUUAUAUAAUAAUGUAUUAUAAGAUAAAGUUUUAAUUAAUUUAAAAUAAUUUAUGAUUUAAAAAAUAAAAAUUCAACAGUCCUAUGGAUAUAAAAUAGAAGAAAUAUAUGUGUAACAAAAUAUUUAAAUUUAAUAUUUUCUACGGUCAAUUUUCUUUUUAAUUUCUCAAAAUUGCAUGAUGUCUUUUUCUUUUUAUUUUUUAGAAAUGAAUAAUUCAUUGAAAAUAACUUGGAAUACUCGACCACCAUAAGAUGAUGAGUAUAGUAAAACAAAAUCAAACUUAGUCAGGAGAGUAUGUUUAUAAUUACAGAAUGUCUAUUAUUAAUAUAAUAAAAAGAAAAAGAAAAAGAAAAAUAAAUAGAAUAGAAUUGAAAUCCUUGUAUAAAUUUGGCGGGUAAUCAAGAUUGGUAACUAGUAACCAAUUGAACUCAGUACUCAAUCCUAUAUAUAACUGAAAUUAACAGAACCUAACUUCCACUUUCAUUGAUUUCUUCAACUGAAAUCUCUCUCUCUCUCUCUUUCUCUUUCUCUAUCUAACAAUGCAGCAAAGGUACUCAUCAUCAUCAUCAUCUUCAUCUCCAUCUCCAUCGCCACAGCAAAUAACAAUAAAACUAACAGAGCAUCAACACCAUCACCACACUAAAACCUCUCCUUUUAUAAGAAGAUCAUCAUCAAUGGCAGAUUUCACUUCUACUACUCCUACUUCUCUUCCCCUGUACGACCCUCGUUCUGUUCUUGGAAAGAAAGAUCAUCAUCAUCAUCACAUGAUCAAACGCUCACUCUUUUCAGAGAAAUGGAUUCACGCCAUCCCUGUCAUUAUCUUCAUCUCACUCUUCAUCCUCUUCUGGUUCUGUUAUCCUGUUACUGUGGAGAUUAAGGAUGGAAAAAUUGUGGGUAUACAUCGAAUUAUCAAUAAUAAUAAUAAUAUGAGUGUGAUUCUCAACAAGGGUAUGGAAAUUGGUACUGUUGCUUCAACAAUAUUAUCCCAAGAAGAAGACAUUGCUGAUGUUCCUCUUCCUCAGAAUUUUACAGAUCAAGAAAAUGGUACUAUUAAUAAAGAAAUUAAAAUGUACUAAACUCUCUUUCUCAAGAGAUUUUUCUUCUUUUAAUUCUUUUUUUUUUCUUCUUUUCAAAAUUGUGUACAAAUAAUACAAUACAAUAGAGUUGUAAUAAUGCCCAAAUUGGGACUUGUGCUAGUUUUUUUGAAUUUCUUGGAUGAAUUCAAUAAAUGAAUGAAUAUAUAUGAAUUUGACUC